AUGGCGCAGCUGGUAUGGUCGACUGCAACACAGCCACACGUCGGUUUUCUCUGGCGGGGGGCUGAGGGAAGGCGUCUGCCCUUCAGGCACCUAAAUGCUCGACGACCACGUCUAGGGUGCCUCAUGGAGCCCAUAAAGGUUGAAGCACUGAAAGCAGUUAGUCGUGAUGGACUUCUCCCUGACACUACUCGUGAUGGACUUCUCCCUGAUACACGACACAAGGAUAAACAAAGUGGCGUGCCCGAAAUGAUUAAUGCCAUCCGAGCAGGGCUUCGAUCAAUGGGCGAGGGUGAGAUCAACGUCUCAGCAUAUGACACAGCAUGGGUUGCCCUUGUGAAGAGCUUGAAUGGAGAUGACGCACCGCAGUUCCCCUCGUGCAUUGAUUGGAUUGCUCGGAAUCAGCUGCCAGAUGGAUCAUGGGGUGAUGACAUGUUCUUCCUUGUCCAAGACCGGAUUAUCAACACCCUCGCCUGCAUCAUCGCACUGAAAUCAUGGGAUGUCCACGACUAUGCGUUUAAAAAAGGUCUAUCAUUCAUCUCCGAAAAUAUGUGGAGGGUAACCAAGGAUGAUGAGAAUUGGACGCUAUCUGGCUUCGAGAUUAUCUUCCCUAUGUUGAUAGAGAAGGCCAAGGACCUAGGCAUCAACAUACCUUUGGAUGAUCCCACUUUGGAAGCAAUAUAUGCCAAAAGAGAACUCAAGCUCACUAAGGUUCCGAGAGAAGCAGUCCAUGCUGUACCAACAACUUUCCUUCUAAGCUUAGAAGGAAUGCCAGGUUUGGACUGGAAAAUGCUACGUAAGCUCCAGUGUCCAGAUGGCUCCUUCAUGUCUUCACCUGCUCCCACCGCUUACGCUCUAAUGAAGACUGGAGACCCUAAGUGCUUUGAGUUCCUUGAUAGAUUGGUUGGCAAGUAUAACGGAAGCGUACCUUUUGUUUACCCUAUUGAGAUGUUCGAGCGCUUGUGGAUUGUGGACCGGUUGGAGAGGUUGGGCAUAUCACGUUAUUUCAAGAGUGAAAUUGAGGACUACUUGGAGUACGUUUACAGGCACUGGUCCGACGAAGGCUUGUCAUUUACGAAGGGCUGCCCCGUGAAGGACAUCGAUGACACGGCCAUGGGUUUCCGUCUCCUCCGACUACAUGGCUACCCGGCCUCUCCUUGUGCAUUCAAGCGAUUCGAGAAUGACGGCCAGUUCGUGUGCUACCCAAGGCAGUCGAACCAGUCGGUAAGCGCGAUGUAUAACCUGUACCGAGCUGCCGACCAGGCCUCGUUUCCCGGCGAUGGUCACGUCCUCGGACGCGCCAGGAGCUACAGCCGUGCGUUCCUCCGGGAGAGGCGAGCCUCGGACCAGCUCAACGACAAGUGGAUCAUCUCUGAGGGUCAUGUACGGUCUGGAUUUCCCUGGGAAGCUAGCUUGCCACGCAUCGAAACAAGAAUGUAUCUGGAGCAAUACGGUGGAAGCGACGACGUGUGGAUCGGGAAGGUUCUCUACAGAAUGAACCUCAUUAGCAACGACGCGUACCUCAAGGCGGCGAAAGCCGAUUUCAGCAACUUUCAGAGACUAUGCCGAUUAGAGUGGCUCAGCCUGAAAAGGUGGUGUGACGAGAACAAUCUUGAAAUGUACGGCGUGACUCCGCAGAGCGCGCUGAGAGCCUACUUCCUUGCCGCGGCCAGCAUCUUCGAACCAGGCCGAGCAGCAGAGCGCCUGGGAUGGGCGCGCGCGGCGGUGCUCGCCGAGGCCAUCUCCGGGUGCUUGCUGAUGAGCAGCAACACUCAUGACGAUCGGAAGGUGACGGCCGAAUGGCUCAUCGAUGAAUUCGUCAACAGCGACGAUGAGAAGCCGGCAAGUGGAGGAGGGAAGAAGAAUUCACAAGUUACUAGCAGCCUCGCCUAUGCUCUUCGUGACCUUAUUGACAUCCAUGCGUCCGACGACGCUUCUGUCGCCGACUGCCUUCGUGGAGCUUGGAAGGAGUGGUUCAUGGCAUGGACGAAAACGGAGAGGGAAGGACCACGCUCAGCGGAUACAGCACUGUUGCUAGUUCGCACAGUCGAGAUUUGUUCAGGAAGGCACCACUCCACCGAACAGGACCUGAAGCUUCUACCUGAUUAUUCGAAGCUCGAGCAGCUCACCAGAUCCAUCUGCUGCAGACUGGCUACUGAAGCUCCUGCUCUGACUGGAGAAAACAUGGACAAGAUUGAUGAGCUGGAUAGGAAUGUUGGAUUCGAGAUGCAAGAACUGGCUCAAUGUGUUUUCCAGAGCUGCAGCUCCAUCAACAGAGUGACAAGGCAGACGUUUCUCCAUGUGACGAAGAGAUACUACUAUGUCGCACUCUGCUCACCUGAAACAAUUGAACAUCACAUCUCCAAGGUUAUAUUUGAGGAUGUUGUUUAG